CCGCUCCCCGCGCGGCCGUGUCUGCGGAGGCCACUUGUUAGGGUGCUCGGACCUGCGGGAGCGGCGCGGGGAGCCGCUCUGGAGGAGCGUGCCGUGCGGCCGCCCAGCCAGGGACAUCCCCGCGACUUGUUGAGUAAGGCCCCACCAUGUCCGGGCCCCAGACCCCAGAACCAGCCCUCCGGAUACAGGGAGACGCCCCCACGGGCGCAAGGGACGAGGACGCUGCUGACGGGAUCCAGCACUCACACCGCAUGCUCAGCUUCAGUGAUGCUCUCCUGUCCAUCAUCGCCACUGUAAUGAUCCUGCCUGUGACCCACACGGAGAUCUCCCCAGAACAGGUACUUGGGGAACCACAGUCUGCAGUAUCCCGGUUUGACAAAAGUAUACAGAAACUUCUGGCAACCAGGAUUGCUGUUUAUCUGAUGACGUUUCUCAUCGUGACUGUGGCCUGGGCGGCACACACAAGACUGUUCCAGGUUGUUGGGAAAAUAGACGACACACUUGCUUUGCUCAACCUGGCCUGCAUGAUGACGAUCACCUUCCUACCGUUCACUUUUUCCUUAAUGGUGACCUUCCCUGAGGUGCCUCUGGGCAUCUUCUUGUUCUGUAUGUGUGUGAUCACCAUCGGGGCCGUGCAGGCGCUGAUCGUUGUGUAUGCGUUCCACUUCCCCCACCUCCUGAACCCCCAGAUAGAGAGCUCCGCCCACAGGGCCCUCUACAGGCAGCAUAUCCUGGGCAUCGUCCUUAGGGGCCCAGCGCUGUGCUUCGUGGCCGCCGGCUUCUCCUUGUUCUUCUACCCCUUGACUCCCGUUCCUCCCCCGAUCCUGCAGUGGAUGGCACCUCCCUCCUGCCUCCCAGCCGCCCGCAGGGUGUCUGUUGAAUUCCGCGUGGGAUGUGGUCUCUUGGAGUGUGGAAACCGGGUUAGAGACAGAGUCGUACCUGCUGAUGGCGAUGGUCAUCUUCCUCCCCUACGUCAGCAAGGUCUCCAGCUGGUGCAAGGGCAGGCUUGUGGAGUCUCCUCCCCUGGCCAGCUCCUCCUUCCUGGCACACCCACAGGCCCCCAGGAGCCCCCAGCUCACAGCAUGGAGUUCUUCACUUUUGACCUGCACGAACCUCUCAGCAAGGAGCGGGUGGAGGCCUUCAGUGACGGGGUCUACGCCAUCGUCGCCACACUCCUCAUUCUGGACAUCUGCGAGGACAACGUGCCGGACCCCAGGGAUGUGAAGGAGAAGUUCCAUGGGAGCCUGGUGGCAGCACUGAGCGUGUACGGGCCGCACUUCCUGGCCUACUUCGGCUCCUUCGCCACGGUGGGCCUGCUCUGGUUUGCCCACCACUCGCUCUUCCUGCACAUCCGCAAGGCCACGCAGUCCAUGGGGCUGCUCAACACGCUGUCACUGGCCUUCGUGGGCGGCCUCCCACUGGCCUACCAGCAGACCUCAGCCUUCGCGCGACAGCCGCACGACGAGCUGGAGAGCGUGCGCGUCAGCUGCGCCAUCAUCUUCCUUGCCAGCAUCUUCCAAUUCGCCAUCUGGACCACGGCCCUGCUGCACGAGGGGGAGACGCUGCAGCCCUCGGCCCGCUUCGGGGGCCGGGAGCAUGCAUUCAUGUUUGCCAAGCUUGCGCUGUACCCCUGUGCCAGCCUGCUGGCCUUCGCGUCCACCUGCUUCCUCAGCCGGUUCAGCACGGCCAUCUUCCACCUCAUGCAGAUCGCCGUGCCCUUCGCCUUCCUGCUGCUGCGUCUCCUCGUCCGCCUGGGCCUGGCCCUUCUGUGUGCCAUGCGGGGCCUCACCCAGCCAGCAACCCAGGCCGAGGGGGACGCACACGCCCCGCUCCUCCCUGCUGCCUGCUAGCUCCUGGGACCUGGCUGCCCCCACCUGCACUCAGCCUGCUUUUGGUUUGUAUCUUCAACCUUCUUCUCUAGAGCCUUCAGUAGGUUUCUGCUUCUGCAGACAGUGCGACAGGAGCUUGUGUCCCAGUCUCUGUCCUAGGCCCACAUUCUUGCUCUUUGUGAAGCUAAACCACCGGGGUGCUCGCGCUCUUGCUGGGAGCCCAUGGUGCCAGCCCUGAGUGGGGCGUGGGUCCCUAGGCACAAAGGACACGGCAGCAGCACAGCAAUGGCCACACUGUAUUGUCCUGGAUAUAAAUUAUGCUUACAUUCAGGUAGUGACAAGGUACACAAGGGCCUGGGUGCAAGCCCACACCACUCCUCUGGGCUCACAGACGCACUUAAAUACAAAGGACAGACAACUACAAACCAGAACGAGAGCCGAGGCCUGCAAAGCGGACACAAGUGAUGCCACCGGGGACGUCAAGGCAGACACACGUGUGUGUGCUGGAGGCACAUGAUAGGGAUGUCCCGCCACAAAAGGCCACUACAGUACAUUUGUGUGGAUUUGGCAGAAGCUCAGGGGACAUGGGGCUAGUGGGGCAGAGCUCGGUCACAUGGCGCUGGCAGCAAACAGCCAGGAUGAGUGGAGAAACAGGAUUCCUGGGCCUUUCUUUGGGGCCCCUGGAGCCUCCCCAGACUGAUCCUGGGGCUUGUCUGGACCCAGGGUAGGGGAGGCCCAGGCACCUGGUCAGCUGGACGGGCGCUGGGAAGGGCAUGUUGAUCGUUGACAAACAGGUGAUUAAAGCUGGCUCUUCCCCAAUGUCA